AUGAGGUCCAACGUCAUCGACGACGCAGCCAUUUUGAUCUCGAGAACCUACAAGCGUGCCACUAUGUGCAGUGAACCUGAUCCCACUGGACAGUCCUUUUGCUGCAUCAAAGGCAGCGGGGAUGGCCGAUUUUUCAAGUUAAGGAGCAUCCAUCAGCUGCCUUCCUGCUUUGGAGUACUGCAAAGGGAUUCUGUGGCUGUUCUCCUGGUGGUGCCUCGCCAAGAUGCUUUGCGGAGCCCAUACAUCCUGUGCUUGAGCUUGGCCGCCCACGUCCGAAUACCGCCACCGUUCGGGCAAACGCUUCCGCUGCCGGACUUCCUGCUUGCGUAUUUUGCAGGCCACAGCACCUUCUACGCCUGCUGCUUCGGAGGCCUCUUCUGGUGCAGUGCUUCUUCCUGGCGGUAUUGCUGGCUCCUGGCUGCCCUGUGUUGUGCGCUGGCCACUGCGCGCCGUUGUUGCGCGCUGUCGCGGCUCGAGUGGGAGCCGCAGCAACGACCCCCACAGCCCCUGUUGACUCUGAUCCACCCCUAUAUGUACUUCUUUCUCUCAAAGCUGCCGGGCCAUUCGGAUGCCGUCCACGUUCAGAGGCUCGAGCCGCCAAGCCUCCGGAUGCCCAUCGACAUCUGGCGCAAGGCCUCACCAGACGCAGCAGCAUCUCCGGUGCUCUUUCUGAUCCAUGGUGGGGCUUGGAGAGGUGGUGAAGCGCGCUGCUCACCGCAGGCGCCAGUUCUUCAAGCCCUGGCAGCAUCUGGAUUUCUUGUCGUCAGCUGUGAGUACCGCCGAUUGCCAGGCACGCAAUGGCCCAUGCAACUGGAGGACUGCGAGGCAGCCCUGAAGUGGCUCCAAGACGAGGCUGUGUCCUUGGGAGCUGACUUGUCCAAUGUUUCCAUUGCGGGAACCUCUGCUGGGGGACACCUUGCGGCGCUGCUUCUGGCCCGGAUGCUGCAUGAGCGUGGUGAGCUCACCAGUUCCAUUCGCUUCCGAGCCGCGCUGCUCUUCUACCCGGCCCUGGAUCCGGCCGAUCGCUUCGGCAAAACCGUGAAGUCGCCCUUCUCGUGCUCCUGGCUGGGUGUAAGGCGUGGGAUGAGCUUUUUGGCCUGGUUCUUCGAGAUGUUUGUCCUCCGGCAGGAUCGCCAGUUGUGGCCAUCCGCCGAGCCUUUGGCAUAUCUACAAGCGGCCAGCGACCUGGAGGCCUGGCCACCGACUCUGAUCAUCCAUGGAGAGUUGGACGGCGUAGUUCCGGUGGAGCACAGUCGCUCCUUCCUCGAGCGACUCGCGGCCCGCUGUGCAGGUGGCACCAGCUGCAGCGAAUCAGCUGGCACAAGUGAGCAAGAUAGUGGCGAUCUCAGAAGUUGCGACAGGCUCUUCGUGGUGCCCCUCGCCCGCCAUGUUUUCGAGAUCGUAACCGGUGAUCUGGCGAGCGCAUCAUAUGAUGCAGCCAUGACUUGGCUGUCCCAGAUGCAGACAGAUGGCCAAAGAAAACAAGCGUCACACUGUCACGUCACAGAGCUGGUGACGGCCCUGCCCUGCGCACAUGCUGAGCUGUGGCAAGUGUCUUCUGUUCAAGACGUAGAGGGAAAAGGCAUGGGACGGAUGUCACAUUUCUUGGGACAGGAUUUCACAUUUCACGGCUUUUCGGGGCCGGACUGGAUUUCGCAUUUUCACUGGCCUUCAGGGGCGGCGGCUACUGACAAAUUCACUCACGCCUGCGGGAGGGGCGGUGGCCGAGAUGCACGUGUUCACGCCCGGGGCAGGGCGGGGGCAGAGCAUAGAGGAUAUGAUUAG